CAUAUUUCACCACUUUGAAGCCCCAAAAAAAAAAAGAAAAAAGGGGGUUACGUACGUGAAUUAAGGGGUAGAUCAUCAUCAACAAGAAACCCUGAAACAACAUACAAAUGGAAGACCCAAGCAGAAGGAAGGACAAAAGAGAAGAGAAAGAAGAGCAGGUGAGGUAUCGCGGGGUUCGAAGGCGGCCAUGGGGGAAAUAUGCAGCGGAGAUUCGAGACCCUUCGAGGCAAGGUGGGCGGCUCUGGCUUGGAACGUUUGACACGGCGGAAGAAGCAGCUAGAGCAUAUGAUAGAGCUGCCUUCAACUUCAGAGGUCAUCUCGCAAUCCUUAACUUCCCGAAUGAGUACUAUUCCAAACUCCGGGUUUCUCCUCCUCACUCAUCAUUUUCUGCUGGUUCCGGUUCUGGUUCUGGUUCUGGUUCUAGGAGUUUUGAACGCGGAGGUUCGUCUGCUGGACAAGAAAGACAGGUGUUCGAAUUCGAGUGUUUGGAUGACAAAGUGUUGGAGGACCUUCUUGAUUCGGAAGAGAAAAACAAAAAAUGAUGAGAUAUGAGCUGCAGCCUCAGAUUGUGAUCAAAUUUCUUUUAUUUUUCAGUACUGCUUUUUUUCCCCUCUUUUUCAGUUUCUUUUUCUUUCUUUUUUUCUUUUUUUUGGUUCUUUUUUUCUUUUUUUCAUCAUAUAAUUGCCGGCUACAUAAUUUGAAAUGUAACAGCUAUUUGAAAAUUUUUAUAUAUAUCCAGUUUUUCUAAGCGUUAAA